AUAUAUCUACUGAACUCAGAUCGGUGCUUUCGAAUGGAAGAGACAGCACUUUUGGAAGGUAAGGAGCUGCGAGGCUCCAAGAAGAAAUACAAGGCUUCCGCGGUGCCGUCAGUGCCAGAAGUCGUCUUGACCAACGUGAGCGGGGAAGGGUCUUCCCGUCUUCUAACUUCGGACGGGGGUUAUGUAAAUCCGAUUCCCAUCCCAUUGGAUGGCGACGACGGAGAUCCUCGUCGUCGUCCCGGGUUCGUUGAGAAAGUAUUCAAUGAACCGCGGAAGAGUUUGGUCGAGAGUUAUUUGGAAUCCCGAGACGAGGAAAACCCUGGUCUCAGGUGGAGGAGGGUUUCCAUUUCUUCGGUGACGUCUGAUGCUGAGCGCCAGAGCGACAGGUUAGUCAGCCAGAAGGAUGUCUUAAAGGAGACAGAUUCAGAAGCUGAACCUGAAUCAGCACCUGUUGCAUCACCUACUAUUCGGCCUGGAUUUUCACAUGAUGAUGCUCCACAAUUGUCUGAAAGGGCUGCUACUGCUGCUCGUUUGGAGGGGUUAGAUAAUGCUGCAAAGAAGCCAUCUGUGCAGUUUGAAAUAGGAAAUGUUACAGAUGCCCAUGAAAAUGAGGAAGAUGCCAAAGCGAAGAAACACAAGUAUCGCCAUCGAGAUAAACACAGACAUGCAAAAGAAGAGGAUCCAUCAUGGAGGAUGCGAGCUGGAUCUGAAAUUCAUUUUCCUGAGCUCAGACUCCCAACUGAAGUUGAAGAAGCAAGCAUGUUACCACAAGGAGAUUUGGAUGAUAUCGCAAGUCACCGCUAUGAUCAGAUGAAGCACACCAGGAGACAUAGGAGCACUCAUGGAGUCCUCAAUAUUGUAAAGAAAGAAGGGACAGACUUGAUGCCCUCUCUUAGGAAAGUUUUUGAUCGUCAACCCCAUGAGAUAUUUGUGGAGCUGGAUGAGUUGACUCAAGUUGGAACUGAAUGGGAAUGGAAAGAGAAGUCCCGCUGGAUCAAGUAUGAAGAAGAUGUUGAAGAGGGGUCUAACAAAUGGGGGAAGCCCCAUGUUGCCACUCUGAGCUUCCAUUCCCUUCUGAAUUUGAGGAAAUGUCUUGAACAAGGUGUGGUGCUUUUGGAUAUGGAUGCAGAGGAUCUGCCUGGAAUUAUGAAUAGAACUGUUGAACAGAUGGUCAUCAGUGAUCUGAUUCACCCAGAAGACAAAGGGGCUAUCUUGCGUCUUCUCCUUCUCAAGCAUAAACACGUUGAUGACCAUGAGGGCCUCAUCUUCAGGCUCCGUCGUAAUGCUCAUAGUUCUGCCAGCCUGCAUAAUCUGAAUGAGAACAGGUCAUGGCCAAAGCUGGUGCCAUCUUUGACCAAUCUUGCAAGUCAUGAUCACGGCCAUCAUGCUCAUUCAGCUCUCCCAUUGUCAAACCAUGGUGCCCUCUUAACCCCAGAUGGGAAUUACCACAGAGGAAGUUCCUUUGGAUUUGGAGCUCACAAGAGUUCUGGCACCAGCAAAGAUGUACAGAUUGAGUUGACUGAGGUGCCACCAUCACCAGGCAUCAUACAAAAUAUCCCAGGAAGUGGCAUUAUGAGAAAAAUUCCCCCUGGAGCUGAGGCAGCAACAGUCUUAGUAGGAGAAGCAGACUUCCUUGAACAACCUGCCAUGGCCUUUUUGCGACUUGUCAAAGGCAUUAUCCUGCCUGGUGUCACUGAGGUUCCUAUUCCAGUGAGGUUUGUUUUUGUUUUGAUUGGACCUAGCAGGUCAGACAUGGAUUACCAUGAAAUUGGUUGUGCCAUAGCCACACUUAUGUCAAACAGUGGCUUUCAUGAUGUUGCAUAUAAGACAGAAACUCGUCGAGAUUUGCUGUCAGCCAUCAAUGAGUUCUUGGAUGAUAGCAUCGUGCUGCCUCCCGGAGAGUGGGAGAGUGCUCGCCUUUUGCCAUUUGAUGACAUCAAAGCAAAGAGCAGGGAGAUACGAAAUAGGAAGAAAAUGCGUAUUGAGAAGGAAUUAAAGCAGGAGCAACCACAUGUAGUAGUGGAUGCUGCAUCUGAAGCAGAGAAGAAGGCAGUGGAAGCAGGUGCAGUUCAACCCACAGGUGCUCCACUUCCUGUUUCUCCUGGGGAUGCUGAUGAUCCAUUACAGCGUACAGGACGUCUAUUUGGAGGUUUCUUCUCGGAUGUCAAGCGUCGAUACCCUUGGUACCUAACUGACCUCAGGGAUGCAAUCAAUCCUGUAUGUCUUGCAACAGCAGUCUUCAUCUAUUUUGCUGCAUUGUCAGGCGCCAUCACCUUCGGAGGCUUGUAUGCUGACAAAACAGGAAACUUGAUUGGUGUGUCUGAGACCUUGAUUGCAACAGCUGGUGUAGGUGUUUUAUUUGCAUUGUUGGCUGGUCAACCAUUGAUCAUUGUUGGAGCAACAGGCCCUUGUCUUCUCUUUGAUGAAAGUUUAUACUCGUUCUGUGAGAGCCAAGGGAUUGACUUCCUGUCGAUGCGUGUAUGGGUUGGGAUUUGGCUCGCCAUCAUUGGGAUCCUGGUCACCAUGUUUGAGGGUGCCACAUUUGUGAGACUGUUCACACGAUUCACUGAGGAAAUCUUUGCAUCCCUCAUCUCUCUACUCUUCAUCUAUGAGAGCUUCUACAAGCUCUAUAAUGUGUAUGUGGAGCAUCCCCUGCUGUCCAAUUACUGCAUCACUCCUGACCCAACAGUCAUAGCAAUGGUAACAAAUAUGACAGAAAUGGAGAUGAAUGAAAGCAUCAUCUACUCAAAGUUGACUGCUAUGUCACUCAUGCCCACCAUUGCUGCCUCCAUGAGUGCAGACAACCUGAAUAUAGAAGAUGUUCAACAACGAGUGAGACGAGCAGCAGAGAAGUUUGAUCCCCUGGAAGCAUUCCCUAGGAAUCAACCCAACACUGCUCUCAUGUCCACAAUUCUCAUGCUGGGAACAUUCUUGGUUGCUUACUUUCUGCGUCAUUUCCGUAAUUCUAAGUUCUUGGGUCGAAAUGCAAGACGAGCAUUGGGAGAUUUCGGAGUUCCCAUUGCUAUUGUCUCCAUGGUGAUGAUUGAUUUCUUUGUGGGUGACACCUACACAGAAAAGUUGAGUGUCCCUGAAGGUUUGAGUCCAUCCAACCCAGAUGUGAGAGGCUGGGUCAUCAGUCCAAUGGGCACUGGCUUGUUUUCAAUACCAAUUUGGCUUAUCUUUGCUGCCAGUCUUCCAGCUAUUCUGAUUUUCAUUCUCAUCUUCAUGGAGACUGAAAUCUGCGAACUGAUCAUAAACAAGAAGUGCCAAAAGGGUUCAGGCUAUCACAUGGAUAUUCUCAUCCUAUGCAUUUUGAAUGUGGGCUGUGCUAUCAUUGGUGCACCAUGGCAACCUGCAGCAACUGUCCGUGCUGUAUCCCAUGUCUCUGCUCUCACCAUCUACUCCCAAAAUCAAGCUCCUGGAGAAAAGCCCAAGGUGGUGGAAAUAAAAGAGCAAAGAGUUACCAGUUUGGUGGUGGCCAUUUUGGUUGGGGUAUCUGUGGCCAUGGCUCCUAUCCUCAGAAGAGUUCCUUUGGCUGUCCUCUUUGGAGUCUUUCUAUAUAUGGGAAUAUCUUCUACCAAUGGAAUCCAGCUAUUUGAAAGGCUCAGACUCCUCUUUAUGCCUGUAAAGCACCAUCCCAGUGUCAACUAUGUCCGAAGGGUGAGAACAUGGAGAAUGCACAUGUAUACUGCAAUUCAGAUCCUUUGCCUGGCAGUUCUUUGGACAGUCAAGUCAACACAGGCUGCUCUCGCUUUUCCAUUUGUCCUUCUGUUGAUGAUACCAAUUCGAAAACUUUUGACAAAAUUCUUCACACCUCGGGAGUUACAAGCACUGGAUAGCAAAGGAGAAACAAAAGCUGAUGAUGAUGAUGCUGAACCUGACUUCUACGUUCAAGCCCAUGCCUGGACAGCUUCAAAUUGAGGUUCUCUUCAUAUUUUUGCAUUUAAACUUGCAUUUUUUAAUGUAUGGAGGAAACCUUGAAGAGGGCUGGAACCUGAAGGUGCUGCUUCAAAUUUUUUUUAUCCUGAAGCAGAAAGAAGCAGGAAUUAAUGAGACUGGCGGCAUAUUUUUGUGAUUUUUGCUGCAUUUUGUGAGAGGAUUCCAUUUUUAAUUGUUUACAUUUUAAGGUGAAUGUUUGUGCAAUAUGAAAAAUUCAUGUGCAGAAAUGUUGUAGAGCAUGAGCAAAGUGUCAUAAUACUGUAUUUCAUUCCAUUCUUUCGUGAUCUGUUCCGUCCAUUUUGAUCUGUCUAGGAAUUCUUAUUUGGGAGUAAAAAAUUCCUCAUUGCAAUUUUUCCCCAGAGCAUGUCUUUCACUGUGCCAAACAUAUAGCAUGAGUAAUGACAUAAAAAUCUGUGUGCUACUGCCCAGAAUGUCCUCCUGCUGUGUUCCUGCUGAAGGUCUUCCACUUUCAACGACAAUAUCUUGUACAGUAUGUUGUACUUCAGGUCUUCACUUUUUGUGAUGAGCCCUUGUAUGAAAGAGAACCUUGACUACGCUUCCCAGUGACUCAUGGAAAUCCUUCAUUUUCUGUUGUCUUUUGGUCCUUUCUAUCCCAUCUUUUAGAGUUUGUGUCUUUAAGACAACUUGGAAUGCAUUUGUUUUUGUUUUCUUUUUUAUUCCCAUUCUGAUGCAACAGUUGUUUAGGGCUCUAAAGGAAGCUGUUUUUCUUAUCCAAUUGGUAUAUUUUAAUAUUCUCAUCUGUUGAAUUAACUUGAUGCUUUUAGAACCUACAGGUCAUCUCAUGAAUUUGGAUAGUUCCAGAAACAUUCUUAUGAAAGUUUUUGCUUUGGUAUUGCUUCUGCAUUUUAUUGUGCUCUCUUGCUCUUAUUCUCUGUACAUUUCAUCAUUUAUUUGAAUAAUUGAAAGCAUUAAAAUUUUAAGUCUCAGUUUGAAAUAAAUAAAUGCAUAUAUAUAUGUAUAUGAGUACAUAUUUUGUCACAG